CCGGGCCCCCCGAGAGCCGAGGCCCCCGGCCGGGGUGGGGGACGCCCGGGCUGCCAGCCCCACUGACACCGCCUCGGACGAUGUGAGCCGGCGCCUCCGCCGCUGCUUCGCGGGCAGGGCGCGCGGUCCCACCGGCCCCGGCCGCCGCUUUUCUAAUUUGGGUGGGGGCGACCGUAGCAGGCCAAUCUCUCGGGCUUUGAAAGAGGGGCUGGCUGGCUGUGGCAGCUGGAUUGGGGGAGGCGACCCACACAGGGCGCUCGGAGGGUUUUUUUUUUCCUUUUUUUUUUUUUUUUUUAAGCGGGGUUAACUGUUUUUGGCAGCUUGGUUGGGGGGAGCCUAAAAAAGGCCUUCCGGGGUUUCUUUUUCUCGGGGGGGGAGGGGGCGGUGGUCCCGACUUGGCCAGCCGCCUGUUGGAGGGGGGGAGCGGGAAGCGAGGGGAUGCGCCCCCGUCUCCCCCCACCAUGAUGAAGACGGAGCCGCGGGGGCCCGGGGGUCCCCUCCGGAGCGCCUCCCCGCACCGCAGCGCCUACGAGGCGGGCAUCCAGGCGCUGAAGCCGCCCGACGCGCCCGGGCCCGACGAGGCACCCAAGGCGGCCCACCACAAGAAAUAUGGCUCCAACGUCCACCGCAUCAAAAGUAUGUUCCUGCAGAUGGGCACGACGGCGGGGCCGCCGGGCGAGGCGGGCGGCGGCGCGGGCCCCACCGAGGCCCCGCGGGCGCCCGAGCGCGGCGUGCGCCUGUCGCUGCCGCGGGCCAGCAGCCUGAACGAGAACGUGGACCACAGCGCCCUGCUCAAGCUGGGCACCAGCGUGUCGGAGCGCGUGAGCCGCUUCGACUCCAAGCCCGCGCCCUCGGCGCAGCCCGCGCCGCCGCCGCACCCGCCGUCCCGGCUGCAGGAGACGCGGAAGCUGUUCGAACGGAGCGUCCCGGCAGCCGCGGGCGGCGACAAGGAGGCCGCAGCGCGGCGGCUGCUGAGGCAGGAGCGCGCCGGCCUGCAGGACCGGAAGCUGGACGUCGUGGUGCGCUUCAACGGCAGCACCGAGGCGCUGGACAAGCUGGACGCGGACGCCGUGUCGCCGACGGUCAGCCAGCUCAGCGCCGUCUUCGAGAAGGCCGACUCGAGGACCGGCCUCCACCGUGGGCCCGGGCUCCCCAGGGCCGCGGCCGCCGGGCUUCCCCAGGUCAACUCGAAGCUGGUCAGUAAGCGGUCCCGGGUGUUCCAGCCGCCGCCGCCGCCGCCGCCCGCCCCGUCGGGGGAUGCACCGGCCGAGAAGGAACGCGGCCCAGGAGGGCAGCAGCCUCCGCAGCACCGAGUGGCCCCUGCCCGGCCGCCCCCCAAGCCCCGGGAGGUGCGCAAGAUUAAGCCCGUGGAGGUGGAGGAGAGCGGGGAGUCGGAGGCCGAGGCGGCGCCUGGGGAGGUGAUUCAGGCGGAGGUGACGGUCCACGCGGCCCUGGAGAAUGGCAGCACCUUGGCAACCACAGCCGGCCCCGCGCCGCCGGAGGAGCAGAAGGCCCAGGCGGCCCUGGAGGAGGCCCCGGCGGCCGUAGCGGCGCCCGAGAGGGGGGUGGGCAACGGCCGGGCCCCGGACGUGGCCCCCGAGGAGGCGGAUGAGUCCAAGAAGGAGGACUUCUCGGAGGCAGACUUGGUGGACGUGAGCGCCUACAGUGGGCUGGGGGAGGACUCUGGGGGCAGUGCCCUGGAGGAGGACGACGAAGACGACGAGGAAGAUGGGGAGCCCCCUUAUGAGCCCGAGUCGGGGUGCGUGGAGAUCCCGGGGCUCUCGGAAGAAGAGGACCCGGCCCCGAGCCGGAAGAUCCAUUUCAGCACGGCGCCCAUCCAAGUGUUCAGCACCUACUCCAACGAGGACUACGACCGGCGCAACGAGGACGUGGAUCCCAUGGCCGCCUCCGCGGAGUACGAGCUGGAGAAGCGGGUGGAGAGGUUGGAGCUGUUCCCGGUGGAGCUGGAGAAGGACUCCGAGGGUCUGGGCAUCAGCAUCAUCGGUAUGGGGGCCGGGGCGGACAUGGGCCUGGAGAAGCUGGGCAUCUUCGUGAAGACCGUGACUGAGGGUGGCGCAGCCCAUCGGGACGGCAGGAUCCAAGUGAAUGAUCUCCUUGUGGAGGUGGAUGGCACGAGUCUGGUGGGAGUGACCCAGAGCUUUGCAGCCUCUGUGCUCCGGAACACCAAGGGUCGCGUGCGGUUUAUGAUCGGCCGGGAGCGGCCGGGCGAGCAGAGUGAGGUGGCCCAGCUGAUUCAGCAGACCCUGGAACAGGAGCGAUGGCAGCGGGAGAUGAUGGAGCAGAGAUACGCCCAGUAUGGGGAGGACGACGAGGAGACGGGAGAAUAUGCCACCGACGAGGAAGAAGAGCUGAGCCCCACGUUCCCAGGCGGCGAGAUGGCCAUCGAGGUGUUUGAGCUGGCAGAAAAUGAGGAUGCCUUGUCCCCCGUGGACAUGGAGCCCGAGAAGCUGGUGCACAAGUUCAAGGAGCUCCAGAUCAAGCAUGCCGUGACCGAGGCAGAGAUCCAGCAGCUAAAAAGGAAGCUGCAGAGCCUGGAGCAGGAGAAGGGGCGGUGGCGGGUGGAGAAGGCUCAGCUGGAGCAGAGCGUCGAGGAGAACAAGGAGCGCAUGGAGAAGCUGGAGGGCUACUGGGGCGAGGCCCAGAGCCUGUGCCAGGCGGUGGACGAGCACCUGCGGGAGACCCAGGCCCAGUACCAGGCCCUGGAGCGCAAGUACAGCAAGGCCAAACGUCUCAUCAAAGACUACCAGCAGAAGGAGAUCGAGUUCCUGAAGAAGGAGACGGCACAGCGCCGGGUUCUGGAAGAGUCAGAGCUGGCAAGGAAGGAGGAGAUGGACAAGCUCCUGGACAAGAUCUCAGAACUGGAAGGGAACCUGCAGACACUGAGGAAUUCCAAUUCUACUUAACAGGAAUCAUUCCUUGACCGGACAAUAAUGAAUCCCCUCCUGUUGUCCUCCCUCCCCUGUCCUCAAUACUUCACCCCGCCCCCUACCAGCCUGGGGACAGGUGCCCCGACUCCCCACCCUCCGCCCCACCUCCCCCAGCUUCAGGGACCAGAGGGCCUGGGCAGACAGAGGUGGCUGGAAGAGUGGCUUCCUUCUUGCCCUGCGGGGCCAAGGCACGGAGGCGGAGGGAUGCCGAGGGUCGGCCUGGGGGGUGGACAGACACGUGGACUUGCAGACCAUACUGCCAGACUUUACAACCUCCAGCCUUUGUCUCUGGACUGGAAUGGGGCUGGGGGCUCUCCCGGCAUCUCACCACCUGGAGGCUGCUCCCUGCCCCCGGGCUCCUCCGCGGGCCCUUGGGCCUCUUGACUUGAGAUUCUACCUUCUUGGCCCUUUCCCCAUCCCCCAUCAUCGUGCUGUCUCUGUUGCAUUCUGACCCUCCUGCUGGGAGGGGCUGCCUCCACACCUUCCCCCAUCCAUCCUGGCCCUUCCUCCCAGGAGGGACAGAGUCCACCGCCCCUGAGCCUGGGGGCUGGGACCGGCCCUGCACUGACUUCUCAUGCAUCCUUUGGGAAAAGGGGAGAGCCCAGGGCACCUGGUCCCCAGCUCCCCCUUUCCUGGUGCAGCAGCCCUCAAUUUUUCCUUGUGCCUCCCUACCCCCAGGUGCCAAAUAGCCAUAGCCUCCUCCUGGAACUGUUCGGUGGCCUCUGUGCGCUCCAAGUUGCCUGGCCAGGCCUGGGAAGAACCAAGGAGGAGAGGUCAGCUUAGGGGGCGGGGCUGCAGAGCCCCUGGUCUUAGGCAAGGGGAGCAUUUCCCACUGGAGAGUCCGGGUCCUGCCCAGGGCCACACCUGGAAGACUUGUACUGACACUGCAGACUCCACCUCGGUCCACCCACACCCACAGUUUUCCAAUGUUUUGACUGGAGGGCAAAAUUUUACUACUACUCAUCUUUUUGGAGACCAGGGCUGCCCUGCUGGCAGCCUGCUUUCUAAGUGAAAUACACUCCGUUUCCCCACUUGAACCCCAAAUCGGGGGGGGACUAGACCAAGGGAGGUGGGACACCCCGCCCCACCCCACCCCCCGCCCCCAGGUCCCCUUCCCUUUCAGGAUCCAUCUCUUGUGUUUUGCCUCUUCCUUAUGCCCCGGCCCCAGACUGGAUUUUUGUUCAUUUUUUAAAAACAGACAACCCCCAUCGUCUCCGUUUGGGCUUCUCGACCCCUGUAAAUAGACCACGCCAUCGAUCAGUAUUUCUCGCCCCUCCCAACCCCACCUCUUGCCCCCCCGACGUGCCCCCACCCCCUGAAAGAGCUGGCUGUCUCAGAGCCCAGACCUACGCACUUCUUCGCCCCGGCAGAUGGAGGGGGCGGGGCAGGGUGGGCGGGGCCGCGGGGCGCUUCCGGUUUCCCGAGCCGGCACCGCCCCCGCCCCGCCUCUCCGGAGGACUGCGUCUCUGUAUAUAAUAUAUAUAUGUAUGUAUUGUUUCCGGUUUUGUACGGACCAUGCCCUCUGUCAAGUCGCCCCCAUAAAAGCAGCCCCCAGAGCGUC